AGCCGGCGGACGAAACGCGCUAGACUUUGUCACGUUUGGCCUGCCGUAUCAGCCGGUGGUCCACAACUUUGACAACUGGUGUUUUGCCGUUCGACAGGCAUUGCGGUCGCAGAUGAUCUGCCUUCACUGAUUUCAUGAAUUUAGUGGGGAAAUGGGGGUUUCCACUGACCCAUGUGAUGAUGGCUAAUUGUUUUAUUGAGGUGUGAAAACUGCAUGACCACAAUGUUCUCAGUCAGAGUUCUGAGGAGGGGUCUCAGAGGAGGGGUCUCUAUUGCCUGGAAGCGAAGAAUGACUCAAGCCAUGACGUGUAAACUUGAUAUAGCAGGCAUUUACCCACCAAUUGCGACCCCUUUCACUGAGAAGGAGGAGGUGGACUAUGAUAAGCUGGAUGCCAACAUUGAGAAGUAUUCGAAAAUCCCAUUCAGAGGCCUGGUGGUCCAGGGCUCCAAUGGGGAGUAUCCAUAUCUGACUGCUGAGGAGCGUCUGGAAGUUGUCCGUAGGGUCAGACGCAUUCUGCCCAAAGGCAUGCUGUUAAUGGCAGGAUCUGGCUGCGAGUCCACCAGAGCCACAGUGCAGAUGACGGAGGGGAUGGCCCAUAGCGGGGCGGACGCCGUGCUGGUGGUGACCCCCUGUUUCUAUCGUGGGAGAAUGACCAGCCCAGCUCUUAUUCAUCACUAUACUCAGGUGGCAGAUGCGAGUCCUGUUCCUGUGGUUCUGUACAGUGUUCCAGCCAACACGGGGCUGGAGCUUCCUCUCGAUGCCAUCAUCAAACUAUCUCAGCAUCCAAACAUUGUUGGACUUAAAGACAGCGGUGGAGAUGUUACGAGAAUUGGUCUUGCUGUUCACAAAACCAAAUUGGAGGACUUCAAGGUACUGGCAGGAUCUGCUGGGUUCCUUAUGCCUGCGUAUUCUGUAGGGGCUGUUGGUGGUGUGUGUGCCUUGGCCAAUGUGUUGGGAGAGGAGGUGUGUGAACUGGCGAGACUUUGCAUGCUGGGUCAGUGGGAGACGGCCAGGGAGCUUCAACACAGACUCAUAGAGCCCAAUGCUGCUGUGACCAGAAAAUAUGGUGUAGCAGCCCUUAAGCAAGCGAUGGCUUGGUUUGGUUUCCAUGGAGGCGCUAGCCGCUCGCCUCUGAUGCCGCUCUCGCCGGCCGAGCUGGAGCAGCUGCGUCUGGAUUUCACUUCCAACAAUUGGCUGUAAAAGAUAUAAGGCGAAUGUGUAACAGGGGGGUUGUGUGAUAUAAGGCGAAUAGUAACAGGGGAGUUGACCUAAAGCUACAUUUUGCCCAAAAAAUAUAGUUUUAUAUCACAUCAAAAGCUCUUUAUGGCCUUUUUUAACUGAUAAUAUAUAUUUUUAAAAAGAUAAAUUUAGAGUUGCAUAUAGGUGAAAGGAGUGGAGACUGGAACAUCAAAUGAAAAGCAGGUGUCCGUAUCUCACAGAGGUGAAAAUGUCAGUGCUUUGGUUCAGUCCUUUCGAUUCUCAACCCUUGAAUGCAAAUGGAGUUUGUUACAGAGGGAAAUGAGGGGAAAUCUACAGUAUAUUGGGCUUUAAAAAUUGAAGAAAGAAAACCAGUUGUCUUCCUGAAUCGGAUCACUGGCCCCUGUGCAACGCCCUAGCUCCAUAACACAAUUGUAGUGGAAAAGUAAUUGGAAAAAAUCGAAUCGAACCGAAUCGCAUCGUAUUGUGGGGAAUUCUAAAGUAUCGAAAAAAAAUCGAAUCCCUGAUUUAAGAAAUCGAUAUCGUAUCGUCAUGAAGGCUGUGAUUUACACCCCUAAUUGUGGGAUAGGGUGAAUUUUGACAUUCCAGUUUCUAGCUUCACAAAAACAAGGCAGAAAGACUUGAAAAAAAUAGAGUGUAACAUAGUCAAAUGUUCUAUCAAACAGCUUCCUUGGACAAGGUCUGCAAUCUCUGAGUGAAUUUCUAGUUUUCUAUCAAAUUGAGAAAUUGUUUCGGCUGGUAAUUUGUUGUGUUCACAUGGAGAUGUUGAUCACUCACUGGUGUGGGGGCCCUGUGUAUUGAAACCAUUUUGUGGGAUUCUACGACAUCUUCAAGUAUUUUGAAUAUAUUAUGCAAACUCAUCCAUGACAACCUUGUAUGAAAUAAAUAUGCCUGGCAGGGCCGGAUUAAGAUGGGCUGGGGCCCCAAGGCUACAGGUUGCUGAGCCAGGAAUUAAGGAAAACAUUUCUGCCAAAUAAAGAAGAGGCCUAUUUAUAAAAAUUGACAA